AUGGCUACGAACACCACCCAGAGCAACCUCGUCCGCCUUGCGCCCCUACAGCUCAGCGAAGUGCCAGUGCACGCAUCUCUCCCAUGCUCGGAGGACACCACGCCACCCGAACUUCUUCCCUUCCUCUUGACGCUCCUCGACGACGGGAUCGACUUCCUCUCGUCCACCAGCUUCAUUGCGAACUUCAAACACCAGUCCACCAAAACCGCUCUCCCCAGCGAAGCGAAGGUCGACGUCCUGACAUGUGACAUCGCCGCGCGAGAGUUGGAGCAGAUUGUGAAGUGGGACGGCGGCGCAACGACGCGAAUCACGGCGGACGACAGUCCCAAUGGCGCACAGGGUCAAGGUCAAGGCCAGAAAGCCGCGGAAGAGACAUACACCCGACCGGGACGGAGCAAGCCGCCCGCUCGCGUCCUGAGCGGCGGCGAGCAUUGGUUCGCCCGCAAGUCGGUCCACAAGGACCUCUCGUCCAAAGACACGACCUCGCCCGGAAACGCGAGCUGGCAGGAAUUCAUCUACGGCCUACGCGACAACCAUUCCAAGCACGAAGAGGAUUUCACGCCGAAUCUGUACGACGCGCACCACGUGUGCGAUUGGAACGGCGAGAUCCAGCGUCUCGAAUCCCAGGGCAAGAUCGUGGGCAAACACGGGAGGAAAUACACCUGCGCCACGAUGGCCAUAUAUGAGAUGUGUCACGCCACGCCGCCGCCCACCUCUGCGCGCUGCUUCCCUGUUCUGGUCGCCACGGCGUCUCUUGGCCCGGACGAGUUUGUCGCCGUCACGGUGCCCGUGACGCUUGGCGCGUCCGUGUCUGCCUCGUUCUACUCGUCCGGCCGCCACGCCCAGGAGGGCAAAACGCCGCAGCAGCGGAAACCUGUCGUGCUGGGGAUCUACGCUGCGGUCGAGACCGUGAAGCGACGGCCCAGAGAAGGCGCCGAGAGGGGCGUCGAGGGCAAGGAGGUCGAAUGGAUUAUGGCGACGGCGAGUGAUGCCAAGGGGAAUCUGCCCAUGUGGGUGCAAAAGAUGAGUCUACCGGGCAUGCUUCCCAAGGAUGUCAGCUAUUUCAUGACGUGGAUCAAGGGUGUGAGAGACGACGAGGUUGAAGCCGUCAAGGUGGUAUGA